AUGUUUAGUAAGCCCAAUGGGACUGUGAUUGCAGCCGUUACGGCGGCGGCAGCGGUGGGUGUCCUUUGUCCACUGUUGUUGAUACGAUUUCUGAAUGCUGGUGCUGACAAGAAGAAGGAGGGAAGUAAUUAUCCUCAUGGGAAAAGGGAGAAACGGGUGAUUCGUUCUGUGGAGUCAAUAGAACAUCGCCCCUUUACAAGGGAGGAUCUCGCUGAACAUGAUGGAGUGAAAAAAAAUUCUAUUUACGUCAGUCUCAAAUUAGUAGUUUAUGAAGUGGCUCCACAAUUCUAUGGCCCAGGGCAACCAUAUCACCUUUACGCUGGGCGUGAAAUAUCACGUUCUCUUGCUAAAUCAGAUUUAACGGGUAAGGAGUUGGAUAAGGAUUGGGUACCGGGCAGCAGUGAAGAGGAGCUACAGCAGUUGGACCAAUGGAUAGAAAAAUUCAAGGCAAAAUAUCCUGUGGUGGGCUGGUAUGUUCCAGAUGAGAAAUUUUACAGUGUUUAG